AUGAUCGAUAGAGGAGGAAGAGGAGAGAAAGAGGGGAGGAAGAAGGGAGGAAUUGACCGCAGAGGAAGAGGCGAAAGAGGGAGAGGGCGCAGGGGAAAGCAGAGGAAGAGAAGAGGUCGCAAAAAAGGAGGAGAGAAAGAGGGAGGGGCCUCCGAGGAAGAGGAGAGGAAGAAGGGAGGAAUUGACCGCAGAGGAAGAGGCGAAAGAGGGAGAGGCCGCAGAGGAAAGCAGAGGAAGAGAAGAGGUCGCAGAGGAAGAGGAGAGAAAGAGGGAGGGGCCUCCGUGGAAGAGGAGAGGAAGAGGGAGAGGCCGCACCCCCACUUCUAG